CGCAGUAUAUGCAAGUUGCAGUAAUACAAAUACAUGACAGCGAUUAUGACCCCAGUCUCGGAAUUCACCACAAUAUUUUGAAGUAAAAAAGUGAUUUGUUGAAAUUCCAUCAUGGACUUCCUUGCCGAAAUGGAGCAGGAGCCGUUUAAUCCAAAUGAAUUCGUUGAACGUCUUGCUUGGAUGACUAUGGGCGUAUCACAUUCUUCUUCCGGCAGCGACGAUUCUUUUUCCGCGACUGGUCUCUUGAAUAAUUUUGAGGAAACCAUAAAGCAUCUCCAAGUUCUUCAGGUUCGUGUACAGGGAAAAUGUGAUAAACUUGAAACUGCUUGUAGAGAAGAGGAAAAUAAACAUUGGCAAAAAAUGGCAAAACUUGAAGAGAAAAAUAAGGCUGCUGUGGAAGCAUUUCAUGAGUUGGACUCUAGGAUAAAUAAUGUUGCAACAAAAGUUGUUUACUUAGGAGAUCAAUUGGAGAAUGUCAACACUCCUAGAUCUCGUGCAGUUGAAGCUCAGAAACUCCUGACCCAUUUCAAUGGAUUUAUUAAGCCUGGAGGGCCUUUCUCGCCUGUUUUUAGCGAUAAGGAACAGUUAUUUGAAGCAGCAGACAUAAUCCAAAAAUUACAGUUAGUUGCCCAAGAAUUGCCUUCUAGCAAAUACAGUGGUGCGCAGAAACAAAUUGCGCAAAAGUACGACGAAAUUGAGCGUUCGUUAAUUGAGGAGUUCGCGAAAGCCCAGGUCAAGGGAGAUCGCGCUCAAAUGAAACAUAUCGCCUCUAUUUUAAGCCACUUCAAGGGAUAUUCCCAGUGUAUCGACGCUUUCAUUGAGCAAAGCCAAGCGGGUGCAUUUUCUAGUGGCGACGUAUUUUUAGAUGUUGUCCCAUUGUGUGAACGAAAUGCAAGAGAAAUGAAAGAAGUCUUCCAUAACCCUGAACAAGUUAUGGGAAAAUUUAUCCUCAACAUUUUUUAUGGGAAACUUCAGGGAACCAUAAGUACUAAUUUAGCAGAUCGAUCCAGACCCGAUAUUUAUUUAAAGCGUCUGCAUGAAUUGUACUCCAGGACAACAAAGUUAUCGAUUGAUUUGGCACGCUACGACACUGGCAACGAUCACGCGUUUCUAUCAAAACUGGUGAAGAACAUCUUUCAGCGUUAUUUGGAAUCAUACAUCAGCUUGGAAAUUCGAAACUUGAAGGAGAGAAGUGCUACCGUUUUAAAGAAGUUCUACGAAUACAAAAAUCACCAAAAGAAACCUAUCAACACUGGAGGGAUUCAGGAACUAAGGCGGGAUUUGCAGGCAGUCAUCGUAGCAAAAACCGGUGCUGUCUGGGAAACGCAUGGUGGGGAAACGUUUCUUUCAGAACAAAUCGCCGUCAGUUUAUUGGAUGAAACCAAGCAGGCCCUCAUCCGAUGCCAUUCCUUAUCACGGUCGUCAGAAUGUGCCGCCAACGCUGUUCAAAUUUUGGAUGUCUUGUUCCAGUUCCUUAUCGACGAAUUUCUUGAUUAUGCCCUCGAAAUCGGUCUACAGGCUAUACCGCCAGGAGAAAGCAAAGUGCAACCAGAGUUAUAUUUUUUUGGUGUAGUUCGUGAAGUCAACGCCAUUGUUCAUCUAAUGGAUAAACUUUUUCACGAUAGCAUUAUCCCUUUGGUGGUAUCUACUCCUAAGCAUGGUGAAUGUUUACAACGAAAGAAAACUAUCUCAGAGCAGCUAGAAAACAAACUAGAAAUUGGAGUCGAUCGGUCUCUAUCUGCCAUCGUGGGUUACGUUAAAGUGACCCUACAAUCAGAACAAAAGAAAGGAGACUUCAAACCAGAAGGAGAUGAAGCUGUCAUUGCAUCUCCCGCCUGUAUUAAAGUGUGUCGCUUCGUCUCGGUCCAAACUGAGAGGAUCAGAAAUUCUCUUGACGGUAAAAAUCAAGAAGCUGUGUUAAAUGAACUCGGAACACGUUUUCAUCGCGUCAUCUACGAACACUUUCAUCAGUUCCAGUAUAAUUCGAUGGGUGCACUUUGUGCCAUUUGCGAUGUUAACGAGUAUAAAAAGUGUGUGCAAGAGUUUAAAGUUCCAAUGGUAACAACGUUAUUCGACACCCUACACGCAUUGUGCAACUUAUUGUUGGUUUUACCGGAAAACCUUAAACAGGUUUGCACUGGAGAUCAAUUGGCCGCACUUGAUCGUUCAAUCUUAUCAAACUUCAUCCAACUACGAGCCGAUUUUAAGACUGCUCGGCUAGGAAAUUAUAUUAAAACCUUGUCUGAAGAUAAGUAAAUGUGUACGUAAUAAAAUAUUCUGUUACCAA